AUGAAUGACAUACACCUGCCAUCCGAUUCAUGUAUCAAUGGUUCAGUAAUAAGGAUCUUCUGUCCCACAUCCGCCUCUGUUUGUGUGUUUGACACGGGAUUUGGAAACACGUCUUUUAGUGUAGACAACCUCAAUAAAAACUCUACAGUCAACGCAGCAGCUCUCACCAUCGACAAAUGGAGCAACUACAAUUUCUGGACAGGCUUGACGCUGGCCGUGCUCUCAGCUUUUCUUAUAGGAGGAAGCAUUAUCCUAAAGAAGAAGGCGUUGCUGCGUUUGGCCAGUACUGGGGAGACGAGAGCAGCUGAGGGAGGUCAUGGGUACCUGAAGGACUGGCUGUGGUGGGGAGGCCUUUUGACAAUGGGUGGUGGUGAAGUGGCAAAUUUCACGGCGUACAUGUUUGCUCCAGCCACAGUGGUGACCCCUUUAGGAGCUCUCAGUGUUCUUAUCAGUGCAGUUCUGUCCUCCCACUUGUUUGGAGAAACAAUGAAUCUGCUUGGAAAAAUUGGCUGCAUGCUCAGCAUACUCGGAAGCACUAUAAUGGUUAUACAUGCACCUGAAGAGGAAGAGGUGACAACGCUUACAGAAAUGACAGAAAAACUGCUGGAUCCUGGUUUUCUGGUGUUUGCCAGCAUCCUGCUGAUCACUUGUUUGGUCCUGAUCUUCUACGUCUCUCCUCGCUUCGGUCAAACCAAUAUAUUAGUCUACAUCAGCAUCUGCUCACUGCUCGGAUCGUUCACCGUGUCCUCGGUCAAGGGGCUCGGCAUUGCGAUCCGCACCAUGUUCUCUGACCUUUCCGUGGUCGGUCACCCUCUCACUUGGAUUCUUUUGCUGACCCUAAUUGGAUCCAUUGUCAUCCAGGUCAACUAUCUGAAUAAGUCGCUGGAUACCUUCAAUACGCUCUUGGUGUACCCCAUCUACUACGUCUUCUUCACCACUGUAGUCCUGAGCACCUCCGUGAUUCUCUUUAAAGAAUGGGGAGCCAUGUCAGGAGUGGAUGUGGUGGGCACCAUCGGGGGCUUCUUGGUUAUUGUGAUCGGGGUGAGCAUGUUAAACCUCUUCAAAGACUUGAACGUGUGUUUUGAAGAUCUAAGAAGCAACCUUUGUCAGCCAGAAAGACCGUUGAAGAGGGAGGACAAGCACAUCCUGAUAGAGAACAUAGAGAUCCUGCCGCCUAUGAGAGAGGACGGGCCCAGAAUCUUCGUCAUUAGCUGAGAUUGGAUCAGAUCUGAUAUACAGUUUAGAUGAAUCAAUCUUAAUGUUAAUUGUUGAUUUCACUGCUGAAGGCUGUGGUACUCUCAUGCAGUGAUUUGGAUUGGCUGCUGCUGAGUACCGUGAUGACGCAGAUAUUCUUUUUUAUUUUUUAUAUUAUUUAGCUGUUAAUCAAGAUUUGAAUGAACUUUUAGCAACCUCGGAAAAUGUUUAUAGACUGACACUGCAUUAAACAAAACGUAACGCAGCGUAACUUCAAAUUUUGCUACAGAGAACUGCCAAUGAAGCAUGUCAUAUA